AUGACGCCGUCUGAACGGAUUGAGCAGCUGGCGCAGGGUCUUUCGCUCAAGUCGCCGCGCAAGAACGCCGCGGUCCACAAGGCUGAGUGCCUAUACAGCACGGACACCGAGAAGUCGCCAGACGGACUCUACAUCAACCUGAAAACAUUCGAGUCCUUCGGCAAAGAGCUCCUGCGCUUCGACAAGAAUGCCAAGGGGGCAUUGUACCUACACGUCGUGCGGAGACUCGUGCCACGCAAGCCUGGAGCGACCACGGAGAACGACUCCUCCUCAAACGGCGAGGCGCGCAACCAUGCGGAAAGCGGGGAUUGCAUAGAUGCUAACGCAGCAAAUUCAAUUGAUGCGGAGGCAGUGUACGUUGCAGUGGAUAGCGAGCUCAUGGCGUUCAGUUUCAAGCAGCUGAAAACAUGCGACGAAGUCGUGGACUACCGCGUAUACGCGCCGUGUAUACAGAUGUCAAUACCACUUGAAGAGGCGCCGGAUAAUGUUGCCGCCGUCUGCCAGGCGAUAAUAGACCAUUCCGGGUUCAACUUUAGCUCUGACGACUUUGUGUGGAAGGAUUACGUCACCGAGUCGAAGUAUGCCAAACAUCUGAUUCAAGUUGAGGCGCCGCCCAAAAUUAACUACGAGGACCUGCAAUGUGAGCGCUGCGGUGCCAAGACCAAUCUGUGGCUCAACCUUUCAGACGGGUACAUCGGCUGUGGUCGGAAAAAUUUUGACACCGGCGGCUGUAGCGACGGUGACGAGGGUGCAGCCAUUCAGCAUUACCAGGCUACUGGAGGCGUUUUCCCUUUGGCGGUGAAGAUAGGCACCAUCACCGCCAACUCAGGCGACGUCUACAGCUAUGCCCCUGAUGAGGACACUCCGGUCAUUGACCCGUACUUGGCUCAACACCUUGCCCACUUCGGCAUCGACGUCAAGCAACUGAAGGAAACGGAAAAGUCGACACUACAACUGGAAAUCGAGAAAAAUGCAAAGCACGACUGGUCAGAGAUGAACUCGGAAUCGCAUGUGGUAUACGGGCCAGGACUAGUUGGACUUGACAACCUAGGUAACAGCUGCUACCUGAACUCGGCUAUGCAGAUGCUUGCCUCGGUUCCCGAGGUAGCGUCGUACUUUUCCGAGCAUUACGACAGCAUCGCAACGAAUGUACCCGAUACCACCAAACCGUGUGACGACGUGCUGAUGCAAUUUGCCAAAACGGUCAAGGCAAUGACCACCAACCGUGUGGUGGAUCAGCAGCUGGAGCUCAUCAGGCGGUACCGUACGGCCUGCGAAAACGAACGCGUCGAUUUCAUCGAGCCGGAACAGUACAAGAACUUUGCCGUCAGACCGUCCAUGCUCAAGUAUGCAAUUGGCAUCAACAACAGGAGCUUCUCCACCAACGAUCAGCAGGACGCCGAAGAGUUCUUCAGCUACUUCCUGAAUUUCCUGGCAGACAUGGAGCCGGAAAUCAAGAGGCGCACCAAAAUGCCAUGCAAAAUCAAGAAGAUGUUCUUCUUCCAGUACCGUCAGUACAUCGUGUGCGAGGCACUCAAUAAGAUCACCUACAACGACAACGAGAUGCACAUGGUUUGCCUGCCACUUAUUUCAGGCGGAAUGAGCCAGGAGGACAUCGACCCGGAGCAGCCAAUCAAUAUUUUGGACUGCUUCAAGUACUGGGAGCAAGAACAAGAAAUCGAUUACCUUGACAAGGGGGAGCACCACACGGGGGUCAUCACUAACGCCCUGUUAACACUGCCAACGUACCUCGUCGUCAAGCUGAAUCGUUUUUACUUCAAAGCGGAUGGAACGAGCGAGAAGAUAACGAACAGCGUGGUGAUUCCUCCCGAAGGGAUCACGCUCGAGACGCAGGGCGAGAAGCCGCGUGGUAGCUACAUCGUAGAGUGCAACACUCGCGAGGUAAAGAAGGCGAAGAAACAGAUGAAUCCUGAACUGAUGCAAUCGCUGAUGGCGAUGGGAUUCAGCGAAAAACUUUGCAGAUUAGCGGGCGAACAUGCGGACUCCCACAACGUUGACGCCUGCGUCAAUUGGAUACUGGCCAACAUGGACACCAUAUCUCAGGACACUGCGACCGGGGAGAACGACGCUUCGGAAUUGGCAGUGAAUGCGUCUGUACUGAUGGAUCUGGGUUAUUCCCUGGAGCAGGCGAACAAGGCUGCGGAGCGGUUCGGGUCCGACGUUGCCGCCGCCGUCGAUUGGCUUGCCACUGCCGACUUGACGGUGCAAGCAACUGUCAAGGACGUAGGCAAGUAUCAACUGCUUAGUGUCAUUUCCCAUGUCGGCUCCAAAAUCAACACUGGACACUAUGUCUGUCACGUCAACAAGAACGGACAGUGGUACACUUUUAACGAUUCCAAGGUGCUCAAGUACGAUAUGCCAUCCACCGGCAACGGCUACCUUUAUUUGUUCAGGCGCACCGACGAUGAUAAGGAUGCGUCUUCUGUCAUGACAGCGUGA